ACGCCCUUCUCUUCUCACCGCGCCUUCCCUUGCCACCCCCAAUGGCAAACCGUCCAAACGUCGGCGGAUGGCUCAAAGGAAAGACAGUCAGGAAAGGUGGCAUCAUCGCCUCCAACACCCAUACUCGCUCCAACACACCCCAAAUACAGAGCACAUCCACCACCAUAUUCGGCGGAGGGGUAAAGGAUGCUUCAGGACGGACUUCAGAGUACUUCUCCAUGGACGAUCAAUGUCCUGUGUGUAAAUCGGACCGAUACCUCAAUCCAAAGCUUCGACUACUCGUCAGCUCAUGUUACCAUAAAAUGUGCGAGUCUUGCAUAGAUCGUCUCUUCACUCUGGGGCCAGCACCAUGCCCAAUUUGCUCAAAGGUGUUGCGCAAACUCGCAUUUACACCGCAAACCUUCGAGGACCUAACCGUCGAAAAAGAAGUUGCUGUUAGAAGGCGCAUGGCUAAAGAAUUUAACAAGAGGCGGGAAGAUUUCUCAGAUCUUCGUGCUUAUAAUGACUACCUAGAAGAAGUGGAAGAUAUCACUUUCAAUUUGAUAAACGACAUCGACAUUCAACAGACUGAAGCUCGUAUCGCUUUGCACCGUGCUGAGAACGCUACCCUCAUAGAGCUCAAUAUUCAUCGUGAGGAACAAUAUGCUCAAGCACUUAGAGAACAGGAAGACAGCGAUCGACGAGACCGAGAGCACCGUGCUCUUGAAGCAAAGCGUCUAGAGGACGAAGAGCGCGAAGAGCGCGAAAAGGGGCGUAGGGAUAUCAUCGACCGGCUGGAAACAAGCAACAAGGACGCCGCAAAAGUGAUAGCCAGGUCUCGUGCAGAUGCUCUCAAAAGGACCUCGGCCCGCUCGGCGACGACGACCACCCUGCAAAGCAAUUCAAAACUUCUGCGCUCUCGUGCUACUCAGAGUACAGUGAUUCCUGACGUUCCCCACGUCCCACUACAAGACGACUACUAUGCGUACGACGACAGAUACCAGAUGAGAAAUUAUUACGACGAUCCACUCAGUGAAGCCGUGCGGAAAGACCGCGAAGGCAUCAUGAGAGGAGGGGGUUACCGAGUAGAGGAGGCUUGGGACAGAGCGUUACGUUGUGCAGUCGCAGGAUUAGAUAUUCCGCCUUUGACCGGUCUCGACUCCCUGGAUAAUGAGGGGUUUCCUGGCCAUCAAGCUGACGUUGUCGUGGCUUCAGCCUGACACCCUACAAUGUCAUACGCAAGUAGUCAACGCAGUCUUCACACUUGUGACUGAUCAGAGUGCCGUCACGGUAAAAUUUCUAAAAGUACAUGUACCAAGUUUUUGUAUGCACUUCAUGAAUUCAAUCGUAGUUAAGUUCAAACAUG